CCUUGGGUAUUUUUUUAUCUUCAAGGUGGAGGCCACUUUGUUGGGUCACUCAAAAUCUCUCGCAAUGGUGCGCUAGUGUCCACUCGUCACGACGAUGGCACCGGCAAUUCUCGCUCCUUGUGGAGUCUCCGCAAGACCCACGAGUCCUUUGCCUUGUUUUGGAGCUCCAAGCAAGCAGAGAUCCGUGCGUCUUGGCACCCACGCCGGUUUUGCUGCGGCGGCUGUUUCCACGAGCCAAGCUUCCUUCUCGGCAGCUCCUAGCGAUGGAAGCCAGGGAUUCUUCGCGGAGAAGAGGUACGAUGCGAUUGUGGUUGGCGCUGGAAUCGGGGGCUUGGUUGCAGCAAGUCAACUCGCAAUCCGGGGCGCUUCGGUGCUGCUGCUAGAGAAGUACGUGAUUCCUGGUGGAAGUGCUGGGUUUUUCAAGCGAGAUGGCUACACUUUCGAUGUUGGAUCGUCCGUCAUGUUUGGUUUCAGCGACAAGGGGUCGAUCAAUCUGAUAACUCGUGCCUUGGCUGCUGUCGGACGAAAGUUGGAGCUCAUACCCGAUCCCACCACUGUCCACUACCAUAUGCCAAACAACUUGUCCGUGAGAGUUCAUCGAGACUACGAGGAUUUCAUCGGCGAGCUUGUCGACCAGUUUCCACACGAAGAGAAAGGAAUACGAGGCUUCUACGGAGAAUGCUGGAAGGUUUUUAACGCAUUGAAUUCGCUGGAGCUUAAAUCUCUCGAGGAGCCGCUCUACCUUUUCGGCCAGUUUUUCAGAAACCCACUUGCUUGCUUGACUCUUGCGUACUAUCUUCCCCAAAAUGCUGGUGAUAUUGCGAGGAAGUACAUCAAAGAUCCAGUUUUGCUGUCGUUUAUAGAUACCGAAUGCUUCCUCGUCAGUACCGUCGACGCGUUGUGUACACCAAUGAUCAAUGCGAGCAUGGUGAUUUGCGAUCGACACUUCGGAGGGAUCAACUAUCCCGUUGGAGGUGUUGGAUUGAUAGCACAAGAGCUGGCAGACGGCCUGAUUGAGAGAGGAGGCGAAAUUCGCUACAAGUCCAACGUGAAGAAAAUCUUGAUGGAGCAAAACAAAGCGGUUGGCGUGCAACUAGCGGAUGGAACACGAUUGCUUGGCAAAACAGUCAUCUCCAAUGCUACGCGAUGGGAUACUUUUGAAAAGCUGCUCGAUUCUGAAAUGCCAGACGAAGAACGACGCUUCCAGACAGUCUACAAGAAAGCUCCAUCGUUUCUCUCAAUACAUAUGGGAGUGAAAGCCGAAGUUUUGCCUCAAGGAACCGAGUGCCAUCAUCUCGUUCUCGAGGACUCGUGGGAUAACCUCGAGAAGCCUUAUGGUACGAUCUUCUUGAGCAUUCCCACUGUUUUGGAUCCCUCGCUAGCUCCAGAGGAUCGCCAUAUUCUUCACAUAUUUACCACCGCAUGGGCCGAUGAUUGGCAAGGGUUAAGUAGCUCGGAGUACAAUGACAAGAAGGAGGCUGUGGCCGAUGUGAUCGUUAAGAGACUGGAAGCGAAACUGUUUCCCGGUCUCAAGGACGCAACAGUUCUUCGAGAGGUCGGGACGCCUAAAACUCACAGACGCUAUCUCGCUCGAGACCAAGGAACUUACGGACCAAUCCCUGUUGGAAAGCCCAAAGGACUUCUCGGGAUGCCAUUCAACACAACAGCAGUGGAAGGACUAUACUGCGUUGGAGAUAGCUGCUUUCCCGGCCAAGGAGUCAUUGCGGUAGCCUUCUCUGGAAUGAUGUGUGGUCACAGAGUGGCUGUAGAUCUCGGCAUCGAGCAAGGCUCACGGAUUUUGGACCAAGCGCUGAGCAAAACGCUGUCAUGGUUUAGAACGCUGGCUUAAACGCGAUAGCUUAAUCUAAUAAAUGUGUUUACUCUUUAA